AAUUGGCACCAGUCCACAUUGCCAAAGCAAUCAUCAGUGUAUCAGCGCGUAGGGCCAUUAACAAACUCGAGUGCAUCUUCACAUAUGGCCCCACCUGCGCAAUGCUUGGACACGGUCACCGGUGCAACCGGCCAGAAUGGCACCGUGCCAGUGAUAGGGCACACGCCGGAGAAGAAGAUGCAAUGCCCCAACCUGCUUGACGCCGACGAGUUCCGGCGCCAGGGUCACCAGGUAAUCGACUUCAUAGCCGAGUACUAUGGCGGCAUGGGUGACUACCCCGUGCACCCCAGCGUCACCCCCGGCUUCCUCCGCAACCUGCUUCCCUCGGAGGCGCCGUCCCGUCCGGAGCCGGACGCGUUCAGCUCCGCGCUCAAGGACGUCCGCGACAUCAUCCUCCCAGGCAUGACGCACUGGCAGAGCCCCCGCCACUUCGCGCACUUCCCGGCGUCGAGCAGCACCGUUGGCGCCCUCGGGGAGGCGCUCACCGCGGGCAUCAACGUGGUCCCCUUCACGUGGGCCGCUUCGCCGGCCGCCGCUGAGCUCGAGAUGGUGGUGGUGGAUUGGCUCGGCAAGGCACUGCACCUUCCGGAGAGCCUCCUCUUCGCCGGAGGCGGAGGGGGCACGAUUCUUGGCACCUCGUGCGAGGCCAUACUCUGCACUCUCGUCGCUGCAAGGGACCGGAAGCUCGCUGAGAUCGGCGAGAGCAGGAUCUGCGACCUCGUCGUCUACUGCUCGGACCAGACCCACUUCGCCUUCCGCAAGGCAGCACGCAUUGCCGGCAUCAAGCGUGACCACUGCCGCGCGAUACACACGUGCCACGGGGACAUGUUCGCGCUGUCGCCCACAGAACUGCAGGCCGCCAUGCAGGCCGACGUGGAUGCCGGGCUUGUGCCCCUGUUCUUGUGCGCCACGAUCGGGACGACCCAGACCAUUGCCGUCGACCCCAUCGGCGAGCUCUGCGCCGUGACUGCGCCGCACGGAGUGUGGGUCCACGUGGACGCGGCAUACGCCGGCUCCGCGCUGGUCUGCCCGGAGUUCACCUACGUGAUAGACGGCGUGGAGGCCGUGGACUCGUUCAGCAUGAACGCCCACAAGUGGCUCCUCACCAACAACGACUGCUGCGCCAUGUGGGUGAAGAAGCCGAGCGCACUGGUGGCGGCGCUCGGGACCGAGCAGGAGUACAUCCUCAAGGACGCCGCGUCGGAGGGCCACGACGUGGUGGACUACAAGGACUGGAACAUGACGCUGACACGCCGGUUCCGCGCGCUCAAGAUGUGGCUCGUGCUCCGCUGCUACGGCAUCCAGGGCCUGCGCGACCACAUCCGCUCCCACGUGCGCAUGGCUGAGGCGUUCGAGGAAAUGGUGAGAGCUGACGAGAGGUUUGAGGUUGUGACUGACAGGACGUUCGCGCUGGUGUGCUUCCGGCUUCGCCCGCAGGACAAGUUCGGCGGUGAGAAGACGGCCAACGACCUCAACCGAGGCCUCCUGGAGGAGGUGAACGCGGUCACGUCCGGCCCCUACAUGAGCGCCGCAAACGUAGGCGGUAUGUUCAUGCUAAGGUGUGCCGUGGGGAGCACGCUCACGGAGGAGCACCAUGUCGACGAUGCAUGGAAGGUUGUGCAGGAUCGGGCCUCGGUGAUCCUUCGUAAGAUGGAGAUCAUCUACACCUCUAAGUAACCUACGAACUUGCAGAAGAUGAACUUUGGUUCAAGGCUCACCUCAAUAAUUAGGCGGGCCACCGAAUCAUGCAUGAGGAUUGUACUUCGCGAAUAGAGCUGCCCAUGUAUCUCGUGUAAUGUACUACUACUUGCUUUUGUUACGUCUGUAUUUGAAACUAUUGUCUACAUUUUUUACCCUUUUCACUAAAGGUUGCAUAAUAAUUGAGAUGUAAGGUGAUAUACACCUAUUUCGACGGUUAUAUACAUAAAGUGAUCAUAUAUUGU